AUGGACAACUUGAAAGGAUCGUCCAAUAUUACAUCAUCGGCUCCCCCGUGCAUGCAAGGUAUAACUCUCAUUAAAGUUCAAAACCGCACGUUUCGUAUUCCAACGAGUACACUACCCAAAGACUAUAACUGCACGACAACUUCGGGUAAUAUCUUGUUCUAUGCAAUAUCUAAAACGUCAGACGCGACUAUGAAAGAUGAGACUGCAAUAAUGGCUGAAAAGCCAUCGGUUGGCGUCUCUACCAAUAUUUCUGAAAAUAACGAGAAUAGUUUGUCUGAGCAAAUCCAACAUACGAUGGAAUUUACGAAUGUAGACGCAUUGAAGGGAAUCAUUAUAGGUCAAAAUGGAAACACUGUAAAACAGCUUCAAUGGGAGACAGAGACAACGAUUAAAGUUGGAAAUAGUAUUGUUAUCAAAGGUACCUCAGACGCGGUGGAAUUAGCAAUCAUCAAAAUCAAAAAGUUAAUAGCGGACGCCAUGCCUCGACUACGCCCAACUCAUUUCAUUUCACUUCCUCUUAAAGACCCAAACAUUAAGCAAAAAGUUAGCACCCUACACACUGACAUCCUAGCCCUCAACCUCCCCAAUGUCGAUAAUUCACUCUUCCUUCAUCCCGAAAAAUUUCACUUUACUGUUGGUGUACUGAACUUGUACACAAAGGAUGCUGUAGAAGGAGCCGUGAAGUUGCUAAAGGAGCUGUCCCCAGAGAUUUACGAUUUGGUCGGAACGAGGACGACUGUUGCAAAGCUGACGGGGUUGGAAGUGAUGGAGAAUAAUCCGUCACAGGCCCAUAUUCUUUACGCAAAGAUUGAGGAAGGAGAAGUUCUAGAUAGUUUGAAGAAAGUAGCAGAGCUUCUAAAUGAUAGAUUCAAAAAGGCAGGAUACCUGAAACCAGAGAAUAGGCCAUUAAAGUUUCAUGCAACGAUUAUGAACACUAAAUACCGUAAGAACAACUCGAGAUAUCCGAAUUCUGACCGUCAUAGAUAUCCGCGCGCACGACCGUUUUCAGCCGUACCAAUAUUGGAGAAAUUUAAAAAUCUGGAAUUAGGAACUUGUCGAAUAGAGGCAAUACACAUUGCUCGAAUGGCAGGGGUUGAUGAAACGGGUGGCUAUAUUAUUGCUUUAUUUGCGAUCGUGGCUGUCAUACUAGCUAUAGCCAUACAACAACUAUACAAAAAGAAGAGUGCAUACAAUACUUAUUUAUUCUUGGGAUUAUCGGGCUCGGGCAAGACUGCAUUAUAUGCAAAAUUACGAUAUGACCAAGCAGUUGAGACACAUACAUCGAUGAGAGAAAAUGAAGCUUACGUCAGACUGUUUAUUACGCUAAUCGACGAAACGGAACCACUGCUCAAGACGCCGGUUCACAUUGUUGAUGUACCAGGUCAUGAAAAGCUGAGAUUCAAAUUUACUGAAUUCAUUCCUAUUACUCGAGGCGUUGUAUUUUUGAUAGACAGCGCCGCAAUUGGGAGAAGCGUCAGGCCUGUUGCCGAAUAUCUUUACGAUAUUUUAGCAAAUAAACACGUGAUUAAAAGAAAGAUCCCGGUACUAAUCGCUUGUAACAAGAAGGAUCUCUUGACAGCACUGCCUCAUGAGAAGAUUCAGUUGUUACUCGAGGAUGAGAUUGAUCAAUUACGAAUUACACGUACGGCAUCAUUAGAUCAUAGGGAUUCAGGAGACGAAAUAGAGUUCCUUGGUUACGAAAACGAGAAAUUCAAAUUUGAACAUUUAGUAAAUAAAGUAGAGAUUGUAGGCUGUUCUGUUGAUAAGGAUGAAUUUAACAACAUCAAAGAAUGGAUUACAGAUGUCGAAUCUGGAUAUUAA